CUCAUUGGAAAUAUAUCACAACUGGGCAAGAAAUUGCUCCCAUCCCAACCAUAUCAUCAUCCUUAACUAGAAAAAAAUAACAUUAAAAUGGAGACGUAAAGUACAUACAAUAUUUUAAUUUAAUUAAACUGGUUUGAAGGAAGCAGAUCGUGGAAAUGGCCGUCUUUGCUUGAUAGUGUUUGCCUUCAAGCUGUCCAAAUUUUCGUCACUAAAUACGUCACCCCUGAAACAAAAACCAAAGGGAUACACUCCCAUAUUCCCAUUGGGGGACUAUAUAUAUUCCUCACAUUUCUUGCCCAUUUAACUGAAAAAAGAAAAAAAGAAAAAAAUAAUAAAAACAAAACAAAACAAAAACCAAGCCCUCCAAGCUCCAACCAUGGAAGCCCCUUCUUCAAUACUCUCCAUUCUCUGCAUCACCCUCAUCUUCUUCUCCAACCUUGUCCACCCCACUUUUUCAGAGCUCUGCAACCCAAAAGACAAAAAAGUGCUCCUCCAGAUAAAGCGAGCCUUCAACAACCCUUAUGUCCUCGCUUCAUGGAAUCCAGACAUCGAUUGCUGCGACUGGUACUGCGUCUCCUGCCACCUCACCACCCAUCGCAUCAACUCCCUUACCAUUUUAUCUGACGGCCUUCCCGGCCAAAUCCCCUCCGAGGUCGGCGAUCUCCCUUAUCUCGAAAGCCUCGAAUUCCAUAAACUCCCCAACCUCACGGGUCCAAUUCCGCCCGCCAUUGCCAAGCUUCAAAACCUCAAGUCCCUCACUAUAAGUUGGACAAACAUUUCUGGCUACGUCCCUGAUUUCCUCAGUCAGCUCAAGAACCUCACAUUCCUCGACCUCGCUUUCAACAACCUCACCGGUUCGAUUCCGGCCUCGCUGUCUCUGUUACCCAACCUCGACGCGCUCCAUUUGGACCGCAACAAACUCACCGGUUCAAUUCCCGACUCGUUCGGAGAAUUCCGCGGCAAAGUGCCGUCUCUUUAUCUAUCCCACAACCAGCUCUCCGGUAACAUACCGGUCUCACUGGGGAAAAUGAACUUCGACGUCAUAGAGUUGCAGCGAAACAAGCUGGAAGGCGACGCGUCGCUUAUAUUCUCCGGGAAGAACAAAACGACGCAGUUCGUGGACCUGUCGAGGAAUUUGCUGGAGUUCGAUCUGUCGGAGGUGGAGUUUCCAAGCACUUUGGUGUCGUUGGAUCUUAAUCAUAACAAGAUUAAGGGGAGUCUUCCGGUGGGGUUGACCGCACUGAAUUUGCAGUUCCUGAAUGUCAGUUAUAACAGACUGUGCGGUCAAAUUCCCAUGGGUGGGAAAUUGCAGAGCUUCGACAACUCGUCGUAUUUCCAUAACAGGUGCUUGUGUGGUGCUCCGCUUGAAAGCUGCAAGUAGUUCACCCGGUUCUACACGUUUCUUCGCUUUUUUCUUUUUUUCUUUUUUUUUUUGGUUAUUAUGAAAGCUAUUUUACUCUUAAGAGUGGUAGGCUGUUGAACGGUAGCAGCGGAUAAAUAAAAGUUUCCACUUUGUAAUUGCUGUUUGCCCAACAAAUAGUUAAAACCAAUAAUUCCAAUAUUUUCAUUUUAUUAUUAUUAUUGUUAUUGUUAUUA